ACUAAAAACAACAUUCUACAAAUCGAGGGACUAAACACAUUUAAGUCUUAUUUUCUAUAUAUAGAUGUUCGCAUGAUGCAAAGCUCCAGGAAGCACAUAAGAUCCAAGCCAUUUACAAAAAUGGUAACCAUUAAAGCAUCUUACACAGUCCUUCCAAAUGAACCAACUCCGGAGGGCCUUUUAUGGCUAUCUGAUAUUGAUCAAGUGGCACGUCUACGCCACACACCCACCAUCUACAUUUUCCAUGCAAAACACAACCAUGAUACAUUAAUUGAGAGGAUGAGAAACUCUCUUAGCAAGAUUUUGGUUCACUACUAUCCAAUAGCCGGUCGAUUGAGAAGGAUAGAAGGUAGUGGUCGAUUGGAAUUGGAUUGCAAUGCAAAAGGGGUGGUGUUGCUUGAAGCUGAAUCCACAAAAACAUUGGAUGAUUAUGGAGACUUUUUACGUGAGUCCAUCAAGGACUUGGUUCCAACGGUUGAUUACACAAGCCCUAUAGAGGAACUUCCCUCGCUACUAGUUCAAGUAACAACAUUCCAUGGUGGUAAAUCCUUUGCCAUUGGAGUUGCCUUAUGCCAUAUCUUGUGUGAUGGGGUUGGUGCCAUUCAGUUUAUCAACUCUUGGGCAAAGUUAGCUCGAGGAGACACAUUGGAGCCACAUGAGAUGCCAUUUCUGGAUCGAACAGUGCUCAAGUUCCCACACCCUCUGUCGCCGCCGCGCUUUGAUCACCUGGAGUUCAAGCCUUUGCCACUUAUAUUGGGAAGAUCUGACAACACAGUAGAGAAAAACAAGAAGGUUGAUGCCACCUUGCUGAAGCUAACACCAGAACAAGUGGGGAAGCUGAAGAAGAAGGCCAAUGAUGACUCAACAAAAGAAGGGUCAAGACCUUAUAGCAGAUUUGAAGCUAUUGCUGCACAUAUAUGGAGAUGUGCCUCUAAGGCUCGUGAACUAGAUAAGAAUCAACCAACUCUAGUUCGGUUCAAUGCCGAUAUUCGCAAUAGACUAAUUCCACCUCUCCCUAAGAAUUAUUUUGGGAAUGCUUUGUCCUUAACAACAGCAUCAUGUCACGUUGGAGAUGUCAUAUCAAAUUCUUUGAGUUAUGCUGCUCAGAAGAUAAGGGAAGCAAUUGAAGUGGUUACAUAUGAGUAUAUAUGGUCACAGAUAGAUGUGAUUAGAGGUCAGGAGCAACUGGAUAAUGCAAGGGCUUUGUUCUUUGGACAAAAUGAAGGAAAGGAUGCCUUGUUUUAUGGGAACCCUAACCUUCUUAUUACAAGUUGGAUGAGCAUGCCAAUGCACGAAGCAGAUUUUGGCUGGGGAAAGCCUGUGUAUUUAGGUCUAGGAAGUGUAUCUACACAAGAUAGGGCACUGAUUAUUCAAAGCCCUGAUGGUGACGGCUCUAUUAUUCUGUCCAUACACUUUCAGAUGGAACAUAUGCAGCUUUUCAAGAAAUAUUUUUAUGAAGAUAUGUGAACUAUAUUCACAUCGCUACUAUCUUGAACUUCUUGUAUGGGAGCUUAAUUUACGUGUGAUCUGCAAUUUCUCAUGUUUAAUAAAUUUAGUUAACCAUGUGGGUUAACUAUAAGCUUGAAUAUGACUGAUUAGCUAUAAUUUUGUUCAUAAUUCCAUUGUCUUUUAAUCUAUUGGGAAAUAUGUGGAGAAUGUUUUAAUUAACUUUGAAUAUAAAUUAAAUAAUUUAAAGACA